CCUUCUUUCUUUUCCUCACGAACCACUAACCAGUGGGCAUUACCGCUGUUUUGGAUUUGUGGCGCGUUGUUAGUCAGCAUAGCGUUGCGUCGGUAGCCACUACACGUAAACUCUGCCGCCGUUUUUGUGCGGAUAACAGCUGACAUGGCGACGAAGACACUGGAAGAAAGGAGGAAGGCGUAUUUUGCUUACGUGAGAUACGUGCAGUCCAUCGCGGUACUCCGACAGUCGAAGGCGAAAGCGCGGAACGCCAAGAAAGAAAAAGAGGCCAUGAUUCAGAAAUUCAUCGAAAUGGUGCGCGACACUCUGAAGCAGGCGAAGGAGCAGAUAUGGCGAAGAGCUUGCUUCAAGAAGCUCAUCGCCCAUAAAGAUGAUUUGGAAAACAUGCAAGGCGGCAUUGAGCAUGUCGCUGUAAGUCUGGAAGAACAAAACAAGAAGGUUGCGGAAGCUGGUUACGUGGCAAUCAAAACUGUCAAGCCAAUUGAUAAAGAAGGAUACCGCCAGAUUAUGUCGCACUUUCAGUUAGAACGCAACUGGGACCAGCAGCUUCCAGUUCAACUGGUGAUGGUCCCCAUUGGUGGCCAGUUGCAAUGUAACUGGGACCAGCUACCAACCGUUUCCAGCUGA